GUGUCCGUGGGGGUGCACGGUAAUGUACGAAGAUGGCCGAUAGGAGAUUGAUGUUGAUGAGCUGGGGGGGAGACGAUGACGAUCAAUUCUUCGAGUCGUUCGAUCGGAUGUCCUCUGUCAUGGCCAUGGACAUGGCUUCCUCUGGUUCCGACGAUGAUGAAGACUACGACGACAGCCGCAUGUCCUUUGCGUCCUGUUACUCAGCCCCACCAGCGGAAUUUCGUGGCCUCAUCACCGCAGCGGCGCCACCGGCCUUAUCAACAUCAACAACAACAACAACAACAUCCGUCGCUACAAUGUUCGAUGACUAUAACAUCUGGAUGGCCGAACCAGGGUCCAUUGAGGAGCGGCGCAAGAAGCUUCUUAAAGGCAUGGGCUUGGCCGGUGCUGCUUCUAUAAAAGCCCCCUCUAUAAAAGCCAUCUCAUCUCUACGUGCGCGCACAAUCAAGGUCUCCUCAAAAAGGGAAGAACAAGAACUAAUAAAGCAUUUGAAGCAAUCAGAACAUCCACCACUACCAGCCUCCUCUCCUCCAUCGGCUCCCACUUUGAUUGUUCGAUCAGCAUCAGAUGGAUCCAUGUCAUCUUCCUCCUUGAUUGUCCAACAAAGAAUGAAAGAUCUUCUUGGCGUUUCAUCGAAGCGUCAUCUUCUCCGAACAGCUUCAGGGUUUGACCGAAACCCUAACCUCUCUGCUCUGAAAGGGGAAGGUGGUGGGUUUGUUCUGAUAAAGAAUCUAAAGAGCGGUAAGGAGUUCAUCGUCGUCAACGCCGACGACGACGGAAUGUGGAACAGAGUCAGUGAUCUUCAAACAGGGAAAGAGUUAACCCGAGAGGAAUUCGAGAAGAGCGAAGGGUAUUCCCCAAAUGUGUUGAAAGAUUUCGGUGUCGCAGUCAGGAAAGUGAGCAUAAAUCUAACGAACCUGAAUCCCAUCAUUGGGAAGAGCUUGAAAUAUAGCAAGAGAAGAGGAGCGGCAUGGUUGAAGAACAUGGCAAACUCGGUGACCGGACUGAUAGGCGACAAGGAGAAUUGGAAUAAGGAUAGUUCUCCAUUAAUGGAGCAACCAUCACAAUCAUGGACCAAAGUGCAUCAACAUGGGAAAUCCUGUAAGGAGUUCACGGGAUUAUACAUGUCUCAAGAAAUUCAAGCUCAUCAGGGUUCGAUUUGGACCAUUAAGUUCAGUUUUGAUACACGUUACCUUGCGAGCGCAGGAGAAGAUCGCGUGAUUCAUAUAUGGGAAGUGAUUGAAUGUGAUGCGAUAUCGUCGGCGGUGGCGGCAGCGGUGGCCGCGGCAAAGUCGCCGGAGGAAGGGAGUACUUCCGUUUCUAGUUCCAGUUCCAGUUCCACACCAAUCCAUCCCAUGGCAGGUGCGAUUGUGACCAACCAGCCACUUGAAGAGGGUCAAGUGAUUCCAUUGGAGAAGAAGAGGAAAGGGAAGAUGCCGUCCAACGGCAAAAAAGGUUUGAUUCAAGAUCAUUUGAUGAUGUCGGACAGUGUCUUCUCCUUGUCGGAGAAGCCCAUUUGCUCUUUAGAAGGUCAUCUAGAUGAUGUUUUGGACCUCUCUUGGUCCAUAUCUCAGCAAUUACUUUCUUCAUCAAUGGACAAAACUGUUAGGCUAUGGGACAUGGAAAGCAAGACUUGUUUAAGGGUGUUUGCUCACAAUGACUACGUUACUUGUACACAAUUUAACCCAGUAGACGAUAGAUACUUCAUUAGUGGUUCAUUAGAUGGAAAGGUCAGAUUAUGGAAUAUACCAGAUCGGCAAGUUGUGGACUGGACAGAUAUUCAUGAAAUGGUCACUGCUACUUGCUACACUCCUAAUGGACAGGGUGCAUUAGUUGGUUCACAUAAAGGGAGUUGCCGUUUAUACAACACAACUGAAUAUAAACUAGAUCAAAAAGGUCAAAUAGAUGUCCAACCCAAAAAGAAGUCUAAUGGAAAAAAGAUUACUGGCUUUGAGUUUGCCCCAAAUAAUCCAUCUGAGGUGCUGGUAACUUCCGCCGAUUCACGAAUCCGGAUAUUUGAUGGUUCUGAUAUCAUUCACAAAUUUAUAGGCUUUCGUAAUACAAGUAGUCAAAUAUCAGCAUCAUUCACCGCAGAUGGAAAAUAUAUUGUAAGCGCAAGUGAAGAUUCUCAAAUAUAUGUAUGGAAGCGUGAUGAGAUAAAAAAUAUAGGUGGUGGAAAAGCCAAAGGUUUGACUACUACUCGGUCUUAUGAGCAAUUCUACUGCAAAGAUGUUUCUGUUGCAAUUGCAUGGCCUGGUUGUACUAAGUAUGAACCACCGAUGGUGCCAUUGCAAUCAAAGAGACAAUCAAAGCGUUCAUUUUUGCCACCUCUUCCACCUAUUGGGGCUUCAAAUUUAAACCUUGAAGAUGCAUUCAUGAACAAUAGCAAUAGAAAAAAUCUCCCACCUCUUCCAAGGAAGAAUAACAUAGUGGAGAUGUCAGACUCGAGAAUCAGCAAUAAAGCGACACAUUUUAGGUCGGACUCGGACAUCAGUGAGAGUGCCUCAUUCACUUUAGCUUCAAGUUCUUUGAAGUAUGGGGAUUCACCUUCUAAUUCUGCUUUAGGCAAUUCUUCAUCUUGGUCAUCUUUUGAAGGUGGCAAUAGCAAUGGGCCUAAUAAUUGCAUUCAAGCAACAGCAUGGGGUCUUGUGGUGGUAGCAGCAGGGUUGGAUGGAGAACUCAAAAUUUAUCAAAACUUUGGGCUGCCAGUUCGGUUAAGUCGCUAAACCAAUCUCUUUAGAGAAC